CGAACGUCACACGUUAAUAAAACAUGAGCGGUGGCGGCAAGACGCCGCGCUGCCUCAAGACGUUGCUUGACGCUCCAUAAGUGGUGCGCUUCUGAGAGCCGUCUUUUCAAAAGAAAUUAUCGCGGGGCCACGGUCGAUUAACGUUCGGGCGCAAGCGCGAGUAAAUGCUGGUGGUGAAGCCGAGCUAUCGCAUUAGCUUGCCGGUAAACCGAAAAGCGGUGGUGGUUGAAGCGUCCGCACGGGCGCGGCGGACCUAAGCAUGGCGUCGACUCGGCCGCGCAGCGUGCGAACUCUCGCGGUCGUAUUUUCCCUCGCUAUCGCCUGGCUGCCGCAUGCCGACCAAGCAGGCGCGGGCGGUGGGGGCAUGUUCGGUGACGUCAACAUCUCCGCCAUUUUGGAUUCGCUGAGUGUCAGCUACGAUAAAAGAGUGAGACCCAAUUACGGCGGACCACCCGUCGACGUGGGAGUCACCAUGUACGUGCUAUCGAUCAGCUCCCUAUCUGAAGUGAAAAUGGAUUUCACUUUGGAUUUCUACUUUAGACAGUUUUGGACGGAUCCAAGGUUAGCCUAUAAAAAGAGGCCAGGCGUAGAGACACUAUCCGUCGGGUCCGAGUUUAUUAGAAACAUUUGGGUGCCGGAUACAUUUUUUGUAAACGAGAAGCAAUCCUACUUUCAUAUCGCUACAACAAGCAAUGAAUUUAUUCGUAUCCAUCAUUCUGGAUCGAUUACCCGCAGUAUAAGAUUAACAAUCACCGCAUCAUGUCCCAUGGAUCUCCAGUACUUCCCGAUGGAUCGUCAAUUAUGCAACAUAGAAAUUGAAAGUUUUGGCUACACCAUGCGGGACAUCCGAUAUAAGUGGAACGAAGGCCCCAACUCCGUGGGCGUAUCCAGUGAAGUGUCUUUGCCGCAGUUCAAGGUGCUCGGGCAUCGUCAAAGAGCUAUGGAGAUCUCACUUACCACAGGAAAUUAUUCACGCCUGGCUUGUGAAAUCCAAUUUGUGCGUUCGAUGGGAUACUACUUGAUCCAGAUUUAUAUUCCAUCUGGUUUGAUCGUGAUCAUAUCUUGGGUUUCGUUUUGGUUGAACCGAAACGCGACUCCUGCCCGAGUGUCACUUGGAGUGACUACCGUGCUGACUAUGACUACCCUCAUGUCAUCUACAAAUGCAGCACUACCGAAGAUAUCGUAUGUCAAAUCCAUUGAUGUUUAUCUUGGUACCUGCUUCGUGAUGGUCUUCGCCAGUCUCUUAGAAUAUGCUACCGUCGGCUACAUGGCUAAGAGGAUACAGAUGAGGAAGCAAAGAUUCACCGCUGUUCAGAAAAUGGCAGCUGAGAAGAAAAUGCACAUAGACGGCCCUCCUGGCACUUCGGAGCCUCUACCACCACCCCGGACGAGCACACUUUCUCGCCCGGCUCCACCAAGCCGAUCAUCAUCGUACAAUCCUCACACGCAGGAGGUUCGCUUCAAAGUCCACGACCCAAAGGCAUAUUCAAAAGGCGUCACUCAUGAAAACACGAUCAACGGUGCUCGCGGACCCCCAGCUCCCGCCCCACCAGCCCCGCAACCAGAAGAGGAAAUCCCACCUCAUCUUCUCCAGGCCUCAAAGAGCAUCAACAAACUGCUGGGCACGACACCGUCUGACAUCGACAAGUAUUCGCGAAUCGUUUUCCCGGUGUGCUUCGUUUGCUUCAAUCUAAUGUAUUGGAUCAUUUAUCUGCAUGUGUCCGACGUGGUUGCUGACGACCUGGUACUACUCGGCGAGGAACAUUGAAUUAUACGAGGACAACAAUCUGGCGCAAACAAUGGUACACGACGGCAGGCUCCCAAACAAAGACGGCCAAUCGAUGAAUUGAUAUUUAAAUUAUAUUAUAGUAAUCUCGACUAUGUAGCACACUAUCCUUAUGAAAUACAUAGAAUCACAUGUAAUUACUUCAUUUAAAAUGUAAGCGGCACGGCAACUAAACAGAACUAACUUCUUAAAUGAUAAAGAUUUAUGUCAAUCUAUACAUAAUUUUAUGUAGUCUUGUUAGUGUAUAGUAUCAUAGUUUCUACAAAGUAUCCUAUAAGUAUUGAUUAGACAUGAAUUAGUAGCAAUAGUCUUUGGGAAUACUUAGUUCUUAAACUAAGGGACAUGUCAUUUAUUGACAAUACAAGUCUAAUAUAAUUUAGUAAAAUUCAGUUGGUUAUUUUUCAUAACCAUUUUUUAUAGUACUCUUGAUUUAAUCGAUAUCGAAUAAGAAUCAAAACGCUAUUAUUAUAUUUCUAAGAAAAAUAUCUAACUUUGUACAGAAAAAUGUAAAGUUAGUGUCUCCUACAUGAUACCUGACUUAGAUUCAAAAGUUUCCUAAAUGAGAUGAUGUAAUAUUAUAAGAUUACGUAUAAAAAAUAUAAAAAAAUAAUGGGGAAGGAGAACGUAACGUUCAAAAUGCAAGACCUCGGAGUUAAAAUGACCACGGGUAUAUUAUAAGGUGAAUUGUAAAUACUUAUACAUACAUAUUCUGUAUUACUAAGGUACUCGAUACGAUUAUUCUAGUUUUAUAUGUAAAAAUAUAUUUAUAUAAUGUUUGUUUCAACUUAAUAAUUACUUAUACACCGGUAACACAAUAUUAAAAUUUAGUGCACAGUACACUUUUUUCUACGUGCUUAGAUUAAAAUUACCUUUUUAUUAUUGUCGCAGUGAUAUAUGAGAAACGGUUUUCAAUAAAAAUUAUAAAUUAGAGACAUGAAUAUGGUUAAAUGGAUAUAAAUCGCGAAUCAUUGAUGAAUUUUAAUAUAAAUGACGGCUGAAGGUGCAUGGCUAUAGUUUGUAAGGCAAUGAGAAACCAUCGGAAUUUUAAUAGAAUUCUUCAAUGGAUUAUCAAGAUUUUUAUAAAAAAAAUAUUCUGAUUCCAGAAAUAAAAAUAACGAGAACCCUAGGAUUACGACAGAUGCUAGUUCCUUAUAAAAAUAGAAUAAAUAACAAGAUAUGUAAUCUCUUUGGUUUUAUAAAAAAAGAACGGUUUUUAUUAUUUCCCUGUGGCAAAUUAACUUAACAAGAGACGUUAUUGGACCUUAUAAAAUUAAUGUAAUUAUCGAUGCCUGUUCCUUUUUGACAAUAUUUUGCUGUGUUUUUAUAAAUAAGUUUAUUGAAGCUGUGUAUUUAGUUUUAAGGUGCCCGUCCGCCAAGAUAAUAAGAAAGAUGAGCGAUAAUGUAUGUGGUCUCGCUUACGAUAAAAUAUUCCUUAGAAUUGGUGUUAAAAAAGAUAGAAUCGAUCUUUCUCGAACUUUUCUAUUUUGUCAUUCAUCUUUCUCAUUUGUGGUAUAAGGUACCCUUAUUCUGAAUGUUUGUGGUAUGAUUCGGAAUGUUUCAACCUUUAAAAUGUCUUCAAUGACGCAAUACUUUUUUCAAAGAUAAAACGUUAUAAUAUAUAAUGUGUAAUGUAUUUGUGAAAUCAUCUAAAUAACUUUGAUAAUAUGUAUGUCCCUGAUAUUUUCAAAAUCUUAAUUUUGUUUAACGUUAAUCUUUUCUGAUAUAGCUAAAUAUUCCACCAAAGAAGAAUCGAUGUUUUAAUAUACUUGACCAUUAACCGAUGUUUUGUCAAACAGAAAUCGAAAUAAUGGUCUAUAAUAAAAUUUAAAACAUUCGUAAUCCUUCGUAAAAUCAGUAACUGGUUCUAAAAUUCUCUAUUACUUUGAUGUACCGAAUAAUUUCACAUAUUCGAUAAUAAAUAUACAAUGUAUCUGUGAGUAAUUAGUGAUUGAGGAAAUAUGUGUACAAGUAAAUAGUGCUGUGAAUUUUAGUUUGUUAAAAUAAGAUAUUUUUUACGAUUUUUAAUGGGGAUAAUGUUUAGUUCUCCGAGGCUUGGAACCGCGGAAUAAUAUUGUUGGUAUUGUUUCUACAUAAAUUUAUGCAAACGCGUAAAACAAUUCUAGAGAUAUGUAAAUAUUAUAAAUAGCUCAUAUAACAAGUGUGAACGCGUUAAAAGAAUUUUUAAAACGGUAGACGUUAAAGUAAUUCUAAAUUUCAGUUCACUGAAAUUUUGUAUGGUGGUUACACUAUACUUAAAAAAUAAGAUGCGACUGGAAAACCUCCGUUAUUUUGGAACGUCGGUUGAGCUUUUAUACCAAUGUUUGUGUUAUACAAUUUUUAUUUUUACAAAAAAUAUUAAGCAUAAACAUAAAUGUUACAAAGUUCUUAAUCUGACCCUAAUUCUUUGUAAUUUCUGAGCAUUUAAAUCAUUACGUACAAAGAAAGAGCUAAAAAGAAAUGUACGUUUAAAAUUCCUUUAAUAUUAAAUUCUGCAGCAUUUUACCUUAACCUUGGUUCGUAUCAAAGGUAAUGGCUCUGUUAAAUAUUUGAUGAAAAUAGUUUCGCAGUAAGCAAGGUCUGCGCAGGCUUGACUUGCCUUUGCAGAACUAACUGCGCAAAACAUAGAAUAAAGUAUGAGCAAAUUUUAUUUACAGCUUACAGCUUAUUACAUCUACAUGCAUAUAAUUAGUACAAUCUUUGAAGGGAAAUUAUUCAAUUCAAUAUUUUUUUUUUAUUAUGUCUUUUAACCGACGUUUCAAAAAAUAAUAACACUCAUAUUAGUAGCGAAAGGUAUGUUUUUCUAAGAGUCGCACACCGAUGACUCUGUGAAUCUUUUUGAUAGAUUAUUUUGGUUUAUCAAAAUAUGAAUAUAUAUUUUAAGUUUAGUGUUACCACUAUCGCGUGAAAUUUUGCGGAUAAUGUUUAGUUCAUUAAAAUUUCAUUAUUAUGAGAAACUAUACGAACCAUAUUGGUUCAAGCCGAUAGGGAAACAUGAUAACGUCUAAACAUGCUCAAUGUUUUAGUAAAAACUAUUAAUGUAGGAGAUUUGUAUAGGAAUAGAAUUAUAGUAUCAAGAUACUGCGCUACAUUUCAAUUGAAACUUCUGUUGUUCGAGGAAUAGACAAAUUUUAUAGAAUUUAUAUAGGCCAAAAGUAUUAAUCAGUUUGUAGGAAAUAUUUUAUACGAAUAGAUCUGAUAUCCUUUUCUUUCAUCUUUGAAAAAAAAAUUAUUCGGCGUGUGUGUAGAUAACUUUCCUGUAAAGUAUUAUUAAAUCGUUUAAUAUAAAUCAAAGUUGAAUAAUUAUGUUUAUAAAACAAUAUAUUUAUUUUUACGUUACAAAUAAUAUUAUGUUGGCUUAAAAUGUAAAUUUUAUUAAUACAAUCGUUACGUCUGUUAAUUUAGUGUCAAAGAAAUAUAACGAUGUUGUGUUACUGUUAGUUGCAUAAUAAUUUUACUAAAGCAAUUAUUCAAAUUUCAAAUAAAAUGUAAAUUACUGCACUUAGCUAGUAAGGAAGUAGAGUAGCUUAGCAUGAGAGGGAGCGGUCGGAUUGCGUCUGUCGGACUAUGCGAGGUCUGUAGGGGAUGAGAGUAUGAAUGAUAAUUAGGUAGUCAUAAGUCAAAACAUGAAUUAAUUGCAACGCUAAAAAGGUAUAAAAGACGCAAAUCGACCGCAAACCUCCACUGCGAAACCAAAUUCUAAAUCACAUUUAAAUAAUCGUUAGAAUAAUAAAAAUAUAUAUUGAGAUAUAAAAUCGAGUUAGUGAACUAAUAUAAUGUAUAGGUAUCAAUUGUUCAAUGCCUAUAAUAUAUCAUAUUUCAUACUAGCGUUUGAAAACGGAGAAUAUGCACAUAAUACCAUUUUAUAAUAACAUUUGGGAAGUAAAAUUCAGUGCGGACGAGAGAGAGGUGUUGAGAUGGUUUUGACGAGAGUCGAAUAUUAGGUAUUGAAUAGGUAACGUGUAAAAUUAUAUACAUAUAACUAGGGAUUCAAAUUACAAUAGUUGAAGUGAUAUAUAGCAACAUCGACGCCAUGCCGAAACUUGCCGAAAACAACACAGACGAUCGGAUGCCUUUAUUGUAUUAUGAAUUACAGAUUGGAUCUAUUUUUUGUCAAAAUUUGAUGGUCCGGGCCUGCAAAAAGCACACGCAAGCAUAAUGCAUAAAUAUUGUAGAUAUGCAUAUAUAUUUUUAUUAUUGUACAAGUCACGUUUAUAUGGUAGAGAAAUUUCGUAAUUUUAAUACACGAUUCGUAUUUGUAGAUGGUGUUGAUUUUAAAACAAAUGAAUGUUGUAAUAUUAUUUGAAUUUCGUACGGAAAUGAGAUUAUGUGCCAAAUUCAGGCUGUUUUAUAAUGUCCGUCUCGAUGUUAAUGUGAAAAAAAUUUUAAAUUUCUUUGUAGGACGCAGAUUAUAUUGAGAUUGCUAAAUGUACUCAACGUAUAAUUGGUGUUUCGUGUUACUAUUUAAAUGGUAAUUACGCGCGACGAUAUGCUUACUUUUGAAUGUUACAUAGAUGUUGCUUUAUAAAUAAAAAAUCAUGAUGUAUUAGGACUAAGCUAAUGACGUCUCAUGAUAUCUAACUUCACCUGUGUACCUAAACAAUGAACUUCGAAUCCUACACUUUCGCGAUAAAUCUAUCCAAGAACAGCUUAGGCGAGCUCCAUAUCUAUAAAAUUAAAUUCCCCGUGGUCCACUUAAAUUAUAUCAACAUCUUAGGAUAUGGGAUUCCUUUCGGUGCUAUUGACUGACUACCAUUUCUUCAAUUCUCGUUUUUCGAGCAGGACAGUAAUUUUGAUGUGAUACCCGAGAUUGGAUUAGGUAACAAUGAAAUAAUAUACUAUCUCGAUGUUAUCUUUAAUUUAUUGUGAAUUCACGGUUCCAGCCUUUUAAUCUUGUCUUUCUUCUCAUAUAAAACGCUCAUACUAUUUUAAUAUUAUUUAUUUAGAUCGCAAUUUUGUUC